AUGCUCCGUACUCACAUCUUCACUCGAAGUGGUUACAAGGAACAUCAUAACAUGCUACGUUUUCAUUGUCAGGUCCCAGGCUGUACCUCAAGCUAUCGCCACAAAGAGCAUCUCCGACGUCACGAAACGAAACAUCGUGCGGGUCCUCAUCACACCUGUCCGAGCUGUGAUCGCGUUUUUUCUCGAAAUGAUAGUCUUCGGCGUCAUAUUCGUCGGGAUCAUGAAGACCCUGAGAGGUCAACCACUCGUGCCACACGGGCCUGCACAAAGUGUCGCAUGACCAAAGCGCGGUGUCAGGGAGGCUCGCCAUGCACACAGUGUCAAUCGGAUGGAAGCCUGUGUAUCUUUGAUAAUGUAGCGCAGCAGGCGUCUGGGUCUGCUCACCAGGACCCCAAACAUAUCGGAUCACAGGAUCCAUACCUUGCGAACGAUCCUGUUGAGACUUCAUUCGCCAAUACCGCUAGGAUUCAGCACCACAUACAACUCUACUUUGCUCAUUUUCAUCCUCAUUGGCCUAUUUUGCAUCGCCAGACCUUCAGUGUUCCUGAUGAGCCUCCGUUCCUACUGCAAGCAGUGUUAAUGAUCGGUCUCUGGGUCAAUGGGAGUCCUCAAGCACAACAAGCUGCACGGGACUUACAUUCCAAGCUCGGAAACGAGAUUUUGGCACAGCGGGAUAUCUGGGAACGGUCCCCAGUAGAAGAGAACGAGAGUUCUGAUGGCUUGACCUCGCGGUGGCCGAUUGCAACUUACCAAGGUAUUCUUCUCUACCUCAUCUUUUCCUUGUCGCUCUCGGUUUCGAGCUUGUCGAGUCUCGAGCUCAGCCUCAGCCUGGGACUGAGCCGGCCUGAUCGUGAAAUACUUAUGGCGCUUACUGCGACGUGCCUCCGCAACGACAUCUUCCAUUACCCCAAUAUGAUUACGAGGUACGGAGACGUGGAAUUCUCUACUUGCUUGUGGGUGGGAGUUGAAGAGAUUAAGAGGCUUGGUUUGGCGCUCUAUAAGGUGUCUCGGAUUUGUAGAGGGGAUCAUAGCUUGGCAAAUCACGAUGGCACUGUUCGACUGUUGCGCCUCUCUGAUCUGCAGUUCCCAAUGCCGGACAGCUAUACUCUGUGGAAUGCUGGGUCGAAUGCUGAAUUGAUUCAACUUCGUUCGAUUUAUGCUAGGAGAGGGGAUAGCCUGGAUGACCUUGAGAGUACCACUUGGAUUUCGCAGAAGGCAAAGUUUUUAGAAACCAAUGAAGAUUGGUGGAUUCAAAUUAUUUGA